AUGGUCCAACCUCUGGAGAUCCGGUUCCUCGCAACCGACCCCAACGCAUGGAGUGUACGCACCCUCCUCCGCCCAACCCUUACAGACCCCAACACAAGAACCACCCUCUUCCACGCCAACCCGAUCAUCCAAUACCUCGUCGACCACUACGACCACACAAAUGCUCUGAGCACUACUGCUACCACCACAGAGAAACACCUUCUAAACCAAUGGCUGCAUCUCCAGACGACGCUGAGCUCCAGCUCCAGCCCCAACCCCCAAUUCCACAACGUUCUGGCAACGUUGAACACCGCCCUGACGAAUAAAUCCUGGCUCGUGGGCGAGCGCUGCAGCUACGCUGAUUUGGCGUUUUUACCGGGUCUUCACGGUCUUGCUUCUCCUUCGGGGGGUGAUGGCCUGGGAUUGAGGCUAAUGCGGCCGUAUCCGUUUGUCGCGGCGUGGGUGGGGAGGAUGGAGACGAGGGGGGCGUGGGGGAGGGUUCUUGCUAUACGGGAGGGGGUGUUGCGGGAUGUGGCUGCGGAUGCGGUUCGACCGGAAGAAGAGGGGUUGUUGGAUGGGGAGAGUGAGUGGGAGGAGAUUGAGGGGUGUUCUGUUGCUGUAGACCGCGUCGAGGAGGAUGAGGGGGGGUCGAGUGUUCAAGCUGUGGCUAUUGAGGCUGCGGUGAGGAUGGAUCAGACUGAGGAUUAUGCUAACGGCGAGGAGAGAGAAGGAAUGAUGCCAUGCGCAGCUGGAUUUGCGCUGCAGAGAGUAUCCACAGCUCGCCAGGUGCUGCGUCACGAGCACCGCGGGGACGACGACGACGACGACGAUGAGAGGGAGGGCAUUCUCCCGUGUGUGGCUUCCAUGUUGCAUGCUCACGCAAUCCCGAGUCAAAUGAGGAGCGGCGAGGCCGAAGACAGAGAAGGAAUCCUCCCGUGCGGCGCUUUUGCCGCGCACGCGAAGCAGUCAUCGAAUGCGACGAUGAUCGCUGAGCAUAGUGAUGAUGAUGAGAGGGAGGGAAUCCUCCCGUGCGGAGCCUUUGGGGCUCACGCGCAGCACAUAUCACUAAAGCCCAUCACGACAGCCGAGGUCCACGAUGACGACAACGACGACAAUGAAAGAGAAGGCAUGCUGCCCUGCACUGUGAUCGGGCUUCACUCGAAGCAGCUACCCCCGAAGACGACAGUGGUCGAAAGUGAGAGUGAUAGCGACGACGAGAAGGAGGGAUUCCUCCCGUGCGGUGCUUUUGGGGCCCACGCGCAGCACGUAUCCUCUACCACUACCCCAGAGGUCGAGGUCGAGGAUGAUGACGAUGGAAGAGAAGGCAUUCUCCCGUGCGGUGCAUUUAUCGCCCACACACAGCAUGCACCCUCCACCGUCGAAGCCGAGAUCAACAAUGACAAUGACGACGACGAGAAAGAAGGCAUGCUCCCCUGCGCCGGUAUCGGAAUGCCGACGCCAUACGCAACAUGCAAUGCCGAGGAUGAUGAUUUCGAGCGCGAGGGCAUGCCUCCCUGCUCUCUGAUGGGAAUGGUAUACUAA